AUACCUACAUCAUUUACCAAACUAACCUAUCAUGUUGUUACCUCUAAUAUUUUUAGGGGUAUUUGUGACCGUUCGGGCUGAGCCCAUUUGUCCUUCAGUCGACGGUCCGACUCCAGUCUAUUUCGCAGACGAAACCGACUGUUCCAGAUUCUACGAAUGCUCCAAUGGAACUCCCUACCUAUUUGACUGUUCAGAUGGACUCGACUUCAAUCCCAGUAGGAACGUUUGUGAUUGGCCUGAACAGGCUGGUUGUAGAGGAAAAUCCACCACCACAAUUUCCCCUACUGUAGAUCCAGAAACCACAAGAAAUCCUAGUACUAGGAGACCAUUUCCUCCUAGAUCGACAACCAGGAGACCAAGACCAACCACGAGACAACCGACGGAAAGACCAACGCAAAGACCAGAGCCAACAGGAAGACCAAGACCUACGUGGAGACCAAGACCUACCUGGAGACCAAUACCGACAAGAAGUCCAAGUACUACGCUGAGACCAAGACCAACGCUGAGACCAAUACCAACGAGAAGACCAAUACCAACGAGAAGACCAAUACCCACGCUAAGGCCAAAACCAACGCGAAGACCAAAACCGACAAGAAGGCCUAAACCAACGAGAAGACCAAGACCUACGCUAAGGCCAAUACCAACACUACCACCUCGACGAACGACAGCGAAGCCUGAUGACUCCUCAGGGUCGAGUGAUUCUUCUGGAUCAUCGGAGUCUUCAAGUUCUUCUGAAUCCUCUGACUCAUCUGAAUCUUCCGAUUCCUCUAGUUCAUCUGAUGAAUCUUCCGAUUCCUCUAGUUCAUCUGAAACUUCCGAUUCCGUCGAUACAUACAACUCUGCUGAUGAUUUCUCAGAUUUAGUCAAGUUAGGACUCCUCGAUCAACCAUCUCAACGUCUGGACUUAGACGAGCAUGCUAUGUGCAAUGAAUUGGAUACAUUUUAUCUGUCAAUAUAUCCUGGGGAACUGAACAAGUAUGUGAUUUGCGAUCAUGGAGAGCCACAUGUAGCAGAAUGUCCAGAUGGUUUCGUUUAUCAUGCAGCCAUUUCCAUUUGUACUAGAGCAAAACUCGCUUGAGAUAACGCAAUAUAUCAAUUGUAUGUGACCAUUAAUCCAAAAGAGGUAAACCAUAUUGUAUUGUGAGAGAUAAAAAUAAAUUAGUUCGGAUUGAAUCCAAAUGUUGGUCUUUGAUUGGGCACAAUUACAGUUCAAAAUUCACUCACCGGCAAAAAACGGGCCAUCAAAGAAUUUGAGCCCUGUAACUUUUUUAAUUCUUGUCCGAUUUUGGUGAAAUUUUGACCAAAUCGUAUAUUCAUUUUCAGAAUGUUAGUCUGAAUAUUAGUUCCUAAGAGAAGCUCCGAACGCCCUUUGGAGAAGGUGGGUGGUUAAAGCUUCAUUAUGUUUU